AUGUCUCGUCUCUCAAAGAAAUCGCCAGCGUUGUGCACUGAUCUGCCUCUUGAAAACCCUGAUAUUUGUCAAAAGCUGAACGUCUUCAAACAGCUUUUAACGUCGUGUUUCGGACCGAAUGGAAAACUUAAGCAAGUCCAUAACAACAUAGGGGGUCACUCUGUAACUACAUCCACUUCCGAGGUUCUCCUCCAAUCUGUGUCCCCGUCACACCCUCUCCUCAAGUUCAUUGCAGCUUCUGUCCUCAACCAUGUGGGUCGUUUCAGUGACUGUGGUUUGUUUGCAGCAAUCCUUUGUUUUGCACUCAUCGACCAGGCAAAGCUGUCUGGCCUCAGAAGAAACGUGUCCAUCAGUAUAAACCAAUAUCUGCUGGACAUAUGCACUGCAUACCUCCACCAAGAUGAAUGUGGCUGCAAAGUGCAGUUGGACUUCAGCAGCAGCAAGAACUUGAUCACAUUAGCUCGGAGUGUCAUCUCCAGCAAGCCAGCGUGCAUGCUAAGAGAACAAGAAGCACUGCACAUAAGCAUGCUCGCUGUGCAAGCCUUUUUGCUAACAGUCCCAUGUGAAUCUCCUGGCAAUGUCAGGCUAGGUAGCACAGUGACAGUGGCUGUCGAAGGCCCUCCUGUUGCACAAUCUGCUGUGUUCCCUGGGUUGAUGUUGGAGAUACCAGAUCAUUUCAAACUUUCCAACAAGAAUAACUUCCAAUCCCAGCCAACGAAAAUGGUGUUGUUCAGUGUGUCUCUCUCUGGGGACUUGUUUGAAACGGACGAGGGGACGGUGGAGGUGUACCAUGGGGCAGACGUAGAGUCCCAGAUCUUGGACCAGCUGCUGGUCUUGGGGCGGUGUGCGGUGGAGGACCGAGUGGAGCUGUUUGUGUGUCAGAAGGUCAUCCACCCGGUGCUGCAGCAGUACCUCAAUCAGCAUGACGUCGUGGUGUUGGAAAGGCUUGGUGCUGCCCUCGUUGAACCCCUUGCUGAACUAACAGGUUCACAACCUUUGGCUAGUUUAUUGUCCACGAUACCACCAGAGGCGUACGGGCUCGCAAGAGGCCUGAAUGUUAAAAACUUUGGCUCCAAGAAGAUGCUCCAUUUGGAAGCCCCCGGUGAAGCAGUGAUCUGCACUAUGGUCCUCUGCCACAGGAACCAGACCCUGUUGAGCGAACUGAAGGUGGUGGUUCAGAAGGCCCAGCAUGUGUUGAGGCUCACCCUGAGAGAGCCCUCUGCCCUGCUGGGAGGGGGGUGCACCGAGACCCACCUGGCUGCCUACGUUCGCUACGAGGGUAUCAGAAGGGCGGCCGAGGCUACGUCGUCGCUCUGCUGCUCACCCACAGAGUACCUCCUCGGCACCGAGGCCUUCGCCCGCUCCCUGGAGGGCGUCGCCCGGGCUCUGGAGCACGACGGCGGGACCCCCAUGGUGGACCUGACCCACGGCCACCACUGGGCCGUCCCCGUAGACGAGACCCCGGACCUGGAGGGGAAGCCCCUGCGUCGCUGCGGCUGUGGCCUGGUGAGGGGCUCGUCCGUGGAGAGCUGGACCUUCCUGAGCACCAAGUAUGCAGAGUUCUCUCCCGCCGUGCCGCCUGGAGGUCGUGCUGCCGCGGCGCAGCCAGCCGUACUGGACUGUUUCGCCGCCAAGAUGAACGCACUGCAGGUUGCGGUGGAAACUGCUAAUCUUUUGCAGGAUAUUCGAUAUAUAGUUCAAGAUAAAAACUAGGCCGUAGAUGACAGAUUCUAUUUUAGUGUUGUGUAUUAUUGUGUGUUAUUCCAAAGUAAAUAGUUAUUUAUUUUUUUUAUUUAUUUUAGUUGCAGUUUUUAAUCACAACACUAGGUGUGAGUAUUGGCUCUGAAUAGCGUGUGCAAGACCGUUCAAUCGUGAUUUAUUAGUUACUGAUACGUUUUUAAGCCACAGCAGUCAUCAGCUCUUGGGCAUCCAUAGAACAUUUGUGUGUGGGGAAAAGUGAUUCCUUACAACAUGGAAGAUAUCAUUCUGAAACAUUUCUUGCCGCAUUUUAAGCGGCCACAGCCGCUUAAAAUGCCACAACUGUAAGUGAAAAUGCCCUCAGUUUUAUUCGAUUUAUACCAGAUGCACUUAUAUAAACGUCUAGUGCAAAGAUUAUUUGGUCUAUAAAUAUCCUUUGUCGUAUGCUUGUUGUUUAACACAUGAUGCAUCACAUGAAAAAUCAAUCAUUAUUGAUGAGCCUUUCCUCACCACAGUGAUACUUGGGGUCAGAACGCAGCUCUUUUAUAGAAGCUAGUUUAUAAAUAUAAGUUUACAAAUAUGAAGCCUUAAAUAAAGUAAUGAAAUCAUUCCCA